AGGCUCCGGCCGCGCUCGCGGCUCCGAGCUUUCCGGCUCCGCCCCGCGCGCGCCCCUCCCGCCGCACUGCCUCGCAGUCGCCGCCGCUGGCAAGUCCCGGCGCGACCCUGCUGUGCGGUGGAGCCGGUAACGUGGCAGGACUGGGACGGGCGCUGAGCCGUGGGGGACUCCAGAAGGUGAGCUCUCCAGGAUCCUGCUAGUGGAGGCGCUGCGGGCGCGAGGGGGGCGGUGCCCGGGCUGCCUGCCCGCUAGGAGGGAUAUCACACCCCGGCCUGCACAAUUUUUUUACUUAGGUAUAUUGACUGAAGUUUAAUGAGAAGAAUCGUGACCAGCUAAGAGAAUUUUCUGCAAGGAAUGGAAUUAGCUCAUAGCUUAUUACUGAAUGAAGAAGCAUAUAAUCAACUAGGUGAAGUUCAGAAGGCAGAGUUUAUUUUUGAUUGGUUGAGAUAUUUGGAAAAGCUCUUGCUGGCAACCAGCAGGAGCGAUGUAAAAGAGAAACAGAAGACUCUGGUAGAACAGCUCCUAUCUUUGUUGAACAGCUCUCCAGGGCCUCCUACCCGCAAACUCCUGGCUAAAAAUCUAGGCAUUCUUUAUAGUAUUGGAGACACAUUCUCUGUUUAUGAGACAAUCGAUAAAUGUAAUGAUCUUAUUCGAAGCAAAGAUGAUUCUCCAAGUUAUCUUCCCACUAAACUUGCUGCUGUGGUAUGUUUGGGUUCCUUGUACAAGAAGUUGGGUAGAAUACUGGUUCACACCUUUACCGAUACAGUGGGGAAUAUUCUUAAAGCUAUGAAGAGUGCAGAGUCUCAAGGUCGAUAUGAGAUUAUGCUGAGUCUGCAGAAUAUAUUAAAUGGACUAGGAACUGCUGCUACACCUUGCCACAGGGAUGUUUAUAAAGCUGCUAAAUCCUGCUUAACAGAUAGAUCCAUGGCUGUUCGUUGUGCUGCUGCAAAGUGUCUCCUUGAACUUCAGAAGGAGGCCAUCUUUAUGUGGAGUACAGACCUGGAUAGUGUGGCCACACUAUGUUUUAAGUCCUUUGAAGGUUCCAAUUAUGAUGUGCGGAUUACAGUUUCAAAGCUGCUAGGCACAGUGUUGGCUAAAGCUAUAAUUUCUAAACAUCCAGGAACAGCAGCCUCACGUCAAAGCAUGCGCAGAGUAUCUCUGGAGGAAGUUCUGGAAUUACUAGGAACAGGGUUUCUGCGUGGGAGUUCAGGAUUUCUUCGAGCCAGUGGAGAUAUGCUGAAAGGAACCAGUUCAGUCAGUAGGGAUGUUCGAGUUGGAGUUACUCAGGCUUAUGUGGUAUUUGUUUCAACACUAGGAGGAACAUGGCUAGAGAAAAAUUUUGCUGCCUUUCUUUCCCAUAUCCUAAGCCUUGUGUCACAGUCGCACCCUAAAGCCACCCAAACUCAGUCUGAUGCUGUCUGUGGUCGCCGUUGUGUUUCAUUUAUCCUUCGAGCUACUGUAGGAGGCCUUCUUGGAGAAAAAGCUCAAAUUGCUGCUGCCAAGGAUAUUUGCCAGGCUAUCUGGAAGUUAAAGAAAGUUGUGGAUGCUGCAAUGAGUGACGGUAAUGUGGAGACCCGGCCUGGCUCCACAGAUGUGACAGCCAGCCAGCACAUGCUGGUGUGUGCUUUACAAGAACUUGGAAAUCUCAUAUACAGUCUUGGCACCACAGCUGCACCUUUGCUGCAGGAUUCAAGUGCAGGCAUUCUUGACAGUGUCAUUUCGGUUAUUCUGCAUCCUAGCAUUUCCGUUCGACUAGCAGCAGCUUGGUGUUUACACGGCAUUGCUGUGGCAACACCUUCUUACCUAACAGCUCUUGUAGACCGCUGCGUGGGACGGCUCGCUGUACUUAAGUCUUCGCCCGAAGCAGUGACUGGCUUCAGUUUCGCUCUGGCAGCUUUGUUGGGAGCAGUGAAGCAUUGUCCUUUAGGAAUUCCUCAUGGAAAGGGCAAGGUUAUUAUGACACUAGCGGAGGAUUUGCUGUGUUCCGCCGCUCAAAACAGUCGCCUUUCAGCUCAGCGCACACAGGCUGGAUGGUUGUUGAUUGCUGCUCUCAUGACAUUAGGUCCUGCAGUUGUCAGUCAUCACCUUGCUCGAGUUCUGCUGUUGUGGAAGUGUGUCUUUCCAGUGUCUCCUAAAGAUCUAGAAACAGAAAAGAGUCGAGGAGAUUCGUUUACAUGGCAAGUAACCCUGGAAGGACGAGCUGGUGCGCUCUGUGCCAUCAAGAGUUUUGUUUCCCACUGUGGUGAUCUCCUUACUGGGGAAGUAAUUCAGCGGCUUCUGCCACCACUUCCUUGUGCUGUGGAUUUGCUAACUCAGCUUUCUUCAGUGCUAAAAGCAUAUGGAAGUCCUUUGAAAACACCAUCAAUAGUUUAUAGACAGAGGCUUUAUGAAUUAUUGAUUUUAUUACCUCCUGAAACCUAUGAAGGAAACCUUUGUGCCAUCCUCAAAGAGCUGGCUGCUGACUUGACUGCUUCUGAUAUACAGGUGGCAGCAUCUGCAUUUUUACUUCCACCCCUCUGUCACCAGGAUGAUCUCGUGAUAUUAAGUCCUUUGCUGCAAGAAACUGACCAUAGAUUUAUUGAAGAACAGCUUCUGCUUGGUAAUGGUAUUGCUUGUGGAAGUUUGGAGUAUGACCCUUAUUCUAUUUGUAAGAAAGAUGUAUUGGGAGAUUCAGUGCCUAAGCCUCUACCUCCAGUACUAUCAGUUAUUAGCUCUGCAAUCAAGCUCUUUGGAGUUGUAUGUGCCCAUGUGGGAGAAGCUCAAAGGCUUCUUAUACUGGAACAACUUUUGGACAGUAUAAAGCACACAAAAGGAGCUCGUCAACAAGUAGUUCAGUUACAUGUUGUUUCUUCACUCUCUAGUUUCUUGAAGUACUUAGCUGGCUCCAAGGGAAAUUUGGGUCCAGAAGAAAUGAGAAGACCGGCCGUGGCAUUGGUGAUGGGAGCCCUAGAAAGUCCCAACCCCCUCUUGAGAUGUGCAGCUGCAGAGGCUUGGGCUAGAUUAGCCCAAGUGGUGGAUGAUGGAGCUUUUACUGCUGCAUUAGCUCAAGUUAGCUUUGACAAACUGAAAUCAGCAAGGGAUGUGGUUACCAGAACAGGAUACUCAUUGGCUUUGGGAUCCCUAUACAGAUAUUUAGGAGGAAUAAGUUCUUCUCAACAUUUGAAUUCUUGUGUUGGAAUCCUUUACACUUUGUCUCAGGACAGCACUUCUCCUGAUGUGCAGACCUGGGCACUACAUUCACUGUCACUGAUCAUUGAUUCUGCUGGCCCACUCUAUCAUAUGCAUGUGGAAUCCACUCUUUCUCUUAUUAUAAUGUUAUUGUUAAAUGUGCCUCCUACUCAUGCUGAAGUUCACCAAAGUCUCGGUCGCUGUUUGAAUGCCCUUAUUACUACAUUGGGUCCAGAACUGCAGGGUAAUAGUACUUCCAUUUCCACCUUAAGGACUUCCUGUCUUUUGGGUUGUGCAGUGAUGCAAGAUAACCCAGACUGCCUUGUUCAAGCUCAGGCCAUCUAUUGCCUUCAGCAGCUUCAUAUGUUUGCUCCAAGACAUGUCAAUCUGUCUAGUUUGGUCAGCUGCCUUUGUGAGAUCUUGUUGGAUAAUUCUGUGUUGGUGAAUCUUUGUAGUCCCUAUUUGUUACUGAGAAGAGCGGUACUGGCUUGUUUACGUCAGCUCGUACAGAGAGAAGCAGCUGAAGUUUCAGAACAUGCUGUUAUGCUUGCUAAAGAUAACAGAGAUGAGUUUACUCCAGAUGCUAACAUCAGAGAAGUGGGCCUUGAAGGGGCAUUAUUGACCUUACUAGACAAAGAGACAGAUCAGAAGUUAUGCCAUGAUAUCAAAGAGACUUUAAAUCAUAUGCUUACAUCUAUGGCAGUGGAUAAGCUCUCCUUCUGGUUAAAGCUUUGUAAAGAUGUACUUGCUGCAUCUGCUGAUUUUACAACUGUAACUUGUGUGGAUACAAUGCAAGAAGAGGAAGGCGAUAAAGGGGAUGAUGCCUCAGUUCUGACCACCAGAAAUGAUGACAAAUCCUAUCCUUUUACCAAUCCUCGAUGGGCUACUAGAGUCUUUGCUGCCGAAUGUGUCUGUAGGAUAAUUAACCAGUGUGAGAAUGCACACAGCGCACAUUUUGACAUUGCUUUAGCACAAGAAUUGAAAAAAAGGGAUUCGAGAAAUGACUUUUUGGUGCUACAUCUUGCUGACUUAAUCCGCAUGGCCUUUAUGGCUGCCACAGAUCACAGUGACCAGCUCCGUCUUUCUGGCCUUGAAACACUGUUAGUUGUUAUUCGGCGAUUUGCAGCUAUUCCAGAACCAGAGUUUCCAGGUCAUGUGAUUCUGGAACAGUAUCAAGCCAAUGUAGGAGCGGCACUUAGGCCAGCCUUCACCUCAGAGACGCCACCUGAUGUUACUGCCAAAGCAUGUCAGGUUUGCAGUGCCUGGAUCGCAAGUGGAGUUGUAAGUGACCUUAAUGAUCUCCGAAGAGUUCACCAGUUGCUCAUUUCAUCAUUAACAAAAAUACAAGCUGGAAAAGAGGCUCUGAGUCACUUAUAUAAUGAAAGUGCUUCUACCAUGGAGAUCUUAGCUGUGCUGAAAGCCUGGGCAGAGGUCUACAUAAUUGCCGUAGAAAGACACAAAAGCCACAGACAACCUUUGAAGACUAUGACCUGUUCAGAAGAGAGUGUCAGAAAUGGGUCAUGUUCAUCAGAUGGACUGCUUGACUUAGUCCACACAGACCUGGGCACACUGAGUAGGCUCUGGCUUGCUGCGCUUCAGGAUUUUGCUCUCAUAACUUUGCCUUCAGAAUUUACCUCCCAACUUCCUGUUGAAGGUGGUGCUUUCUACACAGCAGAGACUAGUGAAAAUGCAAAAAUGCAUUAUUACAACUCCUGGGCGCUUAUCCUGCACGCUACAGCAUUGUGGCUUACCAGCACAGGCUUUGUGGUUGCUGACCCAGAUGAAGGAGCAUCUCAUCUUUCAAGACCUGUAACACCUACUUCUAUGUGUCAGGGUUCAUCAUCUGGGGCCGUAGUAAAGUCACCUGAGGAUGUCUGCACUGAUAGAUUCCAUCUUAUUUUAGGCUCCUAUCUGCGUUCUGAAGGAUUAAUUACAAGGUUCAAGAAAGAAUACUCAAAAGGAAUCAGUGUGGAAUUUUUGUGUUCCUUACGCUCAGAUGCAACUCUGGAAAACAUUAUGGCUUGCUUACAUGCAUUACAGGCUCUUCUAGAUGUACCUUGGCCCAGAUCUAAAAUUGGCAGUGAUCAGGACUUGGGCAUCGAGUUGUUGAAUGUACUACAUCGAGUAAUUUUGACCCGAGAAUCACCUUCUAUUCAAUUGGCUUCACUUGAAGUGGUAAGACAGAUUAUCUGUGCAGCUCAAGAACAUGUCCAGGAGAAAAGACGAAGUGCAGAAGUUGAUGAUGGGGCUGCUGAAAAGGAAACCCUGCCAGAGUUUGGAGAGGGAAAGGACACAGGAGGACUUGUGCCUGGGAAAUCUUUGGUUUUUGCAACCCUGGAAUUGUGUGUAUGCAUUCUAGUUAGGCAGCUUCCAGACCUGAAUCCUAAAUUGGCAGGUAGCCCAGGAGUCAAAGCUACCAAGCCACAGGUGCUGCCAGAAGAUGGAAGCCGACUGGUGUCCGCGGCGUUAGGUGUCCUCGCGGAGCUCCCCGCAGUGUGCUCUCCUGAAGGAAGCAUCUCAAUUCUGCCUACCAUAUUGUACCUUACAAUUGGGGUCCUCAGAGAAACUGCUGUGAAGUUACCUGGGGGUCAGUUAUCUUCAACUGUUGCAGCUUCCCUACAGGCCUUGAAAGGAAUAUUGUCUUCUCCCAUGGCCAGAGCAGAAAAGAGUCACACUGCUUGGACUGAUCUUCUCCGUGGUGCUUUAACAACAGUACUUGACUGCUGGGAUCCAGUAGAUGGAACACAUCAAGAACUUGACGAACUCAGUCUCCUUACUGCUAUCACAGUAUUUAUUUUGUCUGCCAGUCCAGAAGUUACUACCAUCCCAUGCCUUCAGAAGCGCUGUAUUGAGAAAUUUAAGGCUACUCUUGAGAUAAAAGAUCCUGUGAUACAAAUCAAGACCUAUCAGCUCCUACUUUCCAUUUUUCAGUAUCCAAAUCCAGCUGUUUCCUACCCAUACAUUUACUCUUUAGUAUCCUCUGUUGUGGAAAAACUGCAAGAAGUAGACAAGAGAAAGCCAGAAGACAUUACUGAGCUUCAGGUCUUUCAAGAAUGCAUAAAGGUCUUGGAAGCACUUGUAACCGUUGCUGAAGAACAGCACCGUUCCCAGCUGGUGGCCUGUCUUCUGCCCAUCCUCAUUUCCUUCCUUUUGGAUGAUAAUACUCUGGGAUCAGCAACUUCCGUAAUGAAAAGUUUACAUGACUUUGCUUUGCAACAUCUCAUGCAGAUUGGGCCUCAGUAUUCAUCAGUUUUUAAAAAUGUCAUGGCUUCUUCUCCUGCCCUGAAAGCCCGCCUUGAGGCUGCUAUCAAGGGCAAUCAGGAAAGUGUCAAAGUCAAGAUACCAACAUCUAAACAUCCCAAGAACCCUGGAAAGAAUGCAAGCAUCCAAUUAAAGACCAAUUUCUUUUGACUCUUUUGUUUUAAUAGUAAGCACCUUAAUAAAAUAAUCGAUCAUUUCUUUCUCUUUGGGGACAAAAGUGACAUUUUAGACACAAGUGCACUUGGAGGUCUGGUUGAUUGUCUUAAAUAGCUGUGACUUUUCAGAUUAAUAUCAAACUUAAUAUUUUUUUGUGUUUUUUUUUUCAAUUUAAUAAAACCACAGAGCUCUUGCCAGGAAUUUCAAGAAAGUGCUAAGGAAUUGAACAUUCUAAAUAGUCCACUGCUUUAAAAAUGAAAUGGUUUUCUUCUGACAGUCCAUACACAUAUGGUAUAGUUAAUACUUUGACAGAUAGAGAUUUGACUCUAGUAUAAAUUAUCUGCAUUUAUAUUGUAUCCCAAUUGCUAAUUUAAAAUUCUGCCUUAUUCAGUAAUUAAACUUUCUUGGAAUUCUCAACAUAAAUGAUUGGAAACUAUUUAGGAAACUUGGUUUAGAAUUAUACAAUAUUUAGUAGUACAAGUUAACUACAGCCCUGCAGUGUGACUUAAGAUCUGGUGUCUAUAAAUAUCAUGGCUUUUCAUCACCUUUUGGUUUGGCUUAUUUUGGGUUCAAGAAAUGGAAAUUUUACUUAUUUUGAAUAGAAUAGGGCAUCUCCACUUAAUUUCUCAGAGGACUUUCUGUUACCUUUGUUCCUAACAAUUUUGUUCAUUUUCAUUUGUGACUGACAUUCAUAUCAAUGAGUUCACAUCUAUAUUUAGGUCAACUAUGGGUUUAUAUAAAACAAAUUUAGAUCAUCAAUGAAUGCAAGUAUGUUUUUUUAUCAUGAAACAUAUUUUAAUAUAGAAAAAAUCUAAUGAUAGAGUCGUAUUGGUUGAAAAAUAUUUUUUAGCUGUUGGUGAUCAUUGACUCUCCUCCCACUUCAGUGUUACAUGUAAGAAUCAAGCACUAUGUCACAACGUAGCAUUUCCCUGUUAAAAAUUAAAAACUGGAGUGAUGAGGCAUGCUCAGAAUUGAGAAAAAAAUACUUUGAGUCAAGAAAGGACAAUGUGAUGUACUCUAUUUUAUUAUGUUUAUAUAUAAAUACUCUUGUAAAUUGUUCAGAAUGAAAACACUUGACAAAAUCUAACACUACAAUCAAUUUUUUAAUUUACAUAAAUAAAGCUAAUUUUCUUUAUCA